AUGCUUUUUGUUCCCUUUCUUUCGCUGCUGGCAGCGUUGGCUGCUGGAAAGCCCCUUUCCAUGCCCCGGCUGGCCCGGCAGACGUCCCAGCCCUCCUUUGAUGUUACGCUCCGGGUGCUGGGGAAUACCACCGUCAAGGCCGAGGUCACUAAUGUCGGCAAUGAAGAGGUGCGCCUCGUCCGUAGAGGGGGCAUCCUGGAUCCUCUCCCGACGAAGAAGGUUACUGUUCAGGACAGCAGUGGCUCGCAGCUCGACUUCGCCGGCCUCAUGAUCCACUACGUCCUCACUCACCUCAACGACGAGGCCUUUGUGCACCUCCCACCCAACCAAACCGUCGACUCGGUGUUCGACGUGGCCAGCAUGUACAACCUCGCCCCAGGCGCGGAGUACACCGCGACAGCCAAAGGAACCCUUCAGUACACCAGCACAACCGACAACAAAACCUUCCAACACUACCACUACGCAUCCAACGAGAUCUUCUUAGCCGUCCCAACAAACCACAACAACCUCAAAGCCCGCACAACCGUCGAGUGCUCCAAGUCCGACUACAACACCAAAGUCCACGCCGCCAUCAACCGCGCGGCGAAAAUGGCCACCGCCGGUGCAGCAGACGCACGCAAGGGCGCCAGCGCCAACUUCCAGAAGUUCUUCUUCACAUCCGACCAGGACGCGCUGGAUGAAGUCGCCGGCCGGCUUGAAGCCAUUGCAGAGGAGACGACCUCGACCGGCUCGCUGUACUACUACUGCGAGCCCAGAGACCAACAGGACUCGGAUUACUGCUUUGGCAAUGUUGCCGCGUUCACCGAAGUGCAGUCUAACACCGUCGUCAACUGCAACCUGUACUAUGAUACCCUCGCCGAGUCGAACUGGUGCUCCUACCUCGACCAGGGCGGGAUCGUGGUGCAUGAGUAUAGUCAUGCAUCGGGGGUUUACAGUCCCGGCACGGAGGACCUAGUCUAUGGGUAUGAGGAGGUGCAGGCGCUGCAGGAUAAAGAGAAAGCGCUGAAUAACGCAGACUCGUACGCUUACUAUGCAGCUGCAAUCUAUCUCCAAUGCCCCGCCGACGACUCCAUCGCCGAGGGAACGCCCCUUCACAUCGACCUCAGCUCCUCGUCAUCAUCCACUGGCUCCAGGACCUACGCCUCCUCAUCCGCCACGUCCUCCACCGAUGGCCCAUCCACCAGCCCCGGAUCUGAUAUUGGAUCCGGAUGGAGCUGGCGUUGGCUAUUUGGCGACACCAGCGUGGGCACGGGGUCGUCGGGCUCCAGCUCCAGCGGCCUCGCCCAGGACUCGACCCCGACCGACUCUCUAAGUGUAAGUAUUUCUUGGGGCUAUGGUGGCAAUAGCAAGAAGUCUAGCACCAGCCCCACCGACUCCCCGAGCGCCGCCGCUCCUGGGGGCUCCAGCGGAGCUCCCGGUGGAUAUGACCAGGGCUCCCAGAUUUCUGGGGGCUUCGGGUCUGGUCGCUCGGCACCAGCACCGGCCGGUGGUGGGUGGGCGCCGUGGGUGUGA